CGUUCAUCCCCAUCCUCCGCACUCACGAAAUUUUGUUUGCUUUCUACUUCCCCCAACUCCGUCUCUGUAUCAUCCCCGGAUCUGAAUCCGCCAUAGAUUAUUAGAUCGGGAGAGAUCCUGCAUCAAUUGAUCUCUCACCUUCAUUCUUCGGCCGUUCCGUUUACCGGUUGAACGAGCGGAGCAGACGAGCGCAUCCGAGCUCCGAGACAGAAGAGGAAUAUGAACGUCCACGGCGGCGGAGGCGGCAGAGGAGUGGUGGAGUGCAGCGUUUGUCACUCCAAGUUGGGAAUCUCGCCCCACUCCAAGGCCGUGUCCAAGGCCUACGAUCGGCACCGGACUGACGUGUCCUUGAAAUCUCGCGCCUUCAACGUCUUUUUGGUCGGCGGAGAUUGCAUCCUGGUCGGCUUGCAGCCUAUACUGGUAUACAUGUCAAAAGUGGAUGGAAAGUUUAAGUUUAGUCCCAUUAGUGUUAAUUUUUUGACCGAGAUCGCUAAAGUUAUCUUUGCAUUGGUGAUGCUCUGUAUACAGAGUAGGCAUCGGAAAGCUGGGGAAAAGUAUUUUCUCUCUCCUUCUACAUUUAUCCAGGCAGCAAAAAACAAUUGUCUCCUGGCUGUUCCAGCUCUAUUCUAUGCUAUUAACAACUACCUGAAGUUCAUCAUGCAGCUGUAUUUUAACCCCGCAACAGUGAAGAUGCUGAGUAACCUGAAGGUUUUGGUCAUAGCACUUUUAUUAAAGAUAAUCAUGAAAAGACGCUUUUCCAUACUUCAGUGGGAAGCUCUUGCACUUUUGCUUAUAGGUAUUAGUGUGAAUCAACUGCGGUCUCUGCCAGAAGGAUCUACAGCUAUCGGGCUUCCUGUGGCAACAGGAGCCUAUCUAUACACACUAAUUUUUGUUACUGUUCCAUCCAUGGCUUCAGUUUACAAUGAGUAUGCUUUGAAGAGCCAAUAUGAUACGAGCAUUUAUCUUCAGAACUUAUUUUUAUAUGGUUAUGGUGCAAUCUUCAAUUUUCUUGGAUUACUGAUAUCUGCCCUUUUUAAAGGACCUGAAAGCUUGGAUAUUUUACAAGGGCACUCAAGAGCAACUAUAUUUUUGAUAUGCAACAAUGCUGCACAGGGGAUCUUGUCUUCUUUUUUCUUCAAAUAUGCUGAUACAAUCCUGAAGAAGUAUUCUUCGACUGUUGCCACAAUUUUCACCGGAAUAGCAUCUGCUGUUCUGUUUGGCCAUACACUGACUAUGAAUUUCAUUUUAGGAAUCUCUAUUGUUUUCAUCUCAAUGCAUCAGUUCUUUUCGCCCUUGUCAAAGGUCAAGGAUGAGCCACAAAAUGGUACUUUGGAAAUCAUAGAUACUAAGUUCAGGUCAAAGGAUUCAUCAUUUUUAGAUAUGACUGCUGGAGCCCAUGAAGAUGCAAGCCAUCGUGUUGCCCUCGAUGACAGAGAACCACUUCUUCCUAGAUAAAAACUAUCUAUAGGUAAAUCUAUCAUUGGACUCGGCACAUUCUUUGGCUUGUCAAAUGUCGAUAUGGACAGACAGUACAGAUGUUGGACCAUUUUAUAGUACAUGUAAUAAUGAUAUGAUGAUAAAUGUCAAUUGUGUGUUACAAUUCCUCCCAAUUCGGUAGCGCAUGCGGCGUGAGAGGGCGGGCGGGCAGCAUUACAAUUUUGAAGCAUGGUAUAGGGGAGGAUAUUUGUGUAUUUAUUGCUUCUUUGGCGUAGAAAAAUUACAGAAACUCUUUCAGAUCGGUUUCCAUUUACUACAUUCUGUAUUUGUCUUCAUUCUUUCCUCGUUUUUUUAUCCGUUUCAAAAUUAUCAUUCUCCUUUUCAAGAAAAAUAUGUGAUUAGUAUUUGUCCUCUUUUAUGCAUUGAU